AUGGGCGCCGAGAACAGUCGCCCGACGCCACGCCCGAGCAGCACCUUCCGCGCAAUCCCGGACCAGUACGAGACCUAUGAGCAGUUGCAGGCGGCGCUGCGGGCCGCCGGCUUGGAGUCGUCCAACCUCAUCGUCGCCAUUGACUACACCAAGUCCAACACGUGGACGGGCCAGCAUUCAUUUCAAGGCAAGUGCUUGCACGACAUUGACCCAACAGGCCAGACGUGGAACCCGUACCAGUCGGUGAUCCACAUCAUGGGCAAGACGCUCGAGACAUUUGACGACGACAAGCUCAUUCCGGCCUUUGGCUUUGGUGACGCCACGACGGGCGGCCGCGCGUGCUUUCCGUUCCUGCCGAACGGCGAGAUCUGCACCGGUUUUGGCCAAGUGCUCGAGCGCUACAACCAGAUCACGCCCAUGAUGGCGCUCUCGGGACCGACGAACUUUGCGCCCGUCAUCAACGAGGCCAUUCGCAUCGUGCAGGCGCAGCGGUCGUACCACAUUUUGCUCAUCGUUGCAGAUGGUCAAGUCACGAACGAGAAGGAGACCAUCGAUGCGAUUGUCGCUGCGUCCAGCUACCCGAUUUCCAUCAUCAUGGUUGGUGUCGGCGACGGCCCUUGGGGCACGAUGGAGAAGUUCGACGACCAGAUCCCGUCCCGGCGCUUUGACAACUUUCAAUUUGUCGAGUACGCCAAGAUGCUGCGGCAGAACCCGCGCAAUCCGGAGGUUGGCUUUGCGACCCAAGCCCUCAUGGAGGUGCCAGAUCAAUACAAGAUCAUCCGCAAGCUCGGUUUGCUGACCAACGAGGCGCCAUCCUCGUUCAUUUAA